AUGUUCUGAUUGUUGUGAUAAAUACAUUAAAUUGAAAUAAUGUUAUACAUAAUACUUAGUACAUAAAAUUUUUGCUGUGUCAUGAGGUAAUAUUGAAAACUGAAAAAAUGUCGUCAAUGAAAAUUGAAUUUGCAGUGCAAAUGACAUGCGAUUCUUGUGUGGAAGCUGUAAAAAAAAGUUUGGAAAAUGUUGAAGGAAUUAAAAGUGUUGAUAUAGAUUUAAAAAAAGGGUCGGUAGUAGUAGACAGUAAUUUACCUAUCACGGAUGUGCAGAGGAAGUUGGAAUCUACAGGAAGAAAAGUUGUUGUUAAAGGACAAGCCGGUAGUCUAGCUGCCGUUUGCAUUUUAGAAGCUUCAGAAGAGAGUAACAUACGGGGUGUCAUACGCUUUAUACAACCCGUUCCUGGUGUGUGUAUUAUUGAUGGUACUAUUGAUGAUCUCAAGCCUAAAACCUACCAAAUAUCCAUACAUGAAUGUGGUGAUUUAUCCAGAGGAUGUGAAAAUGUAGGAAAUAUAUAUAAUCCAAAAGCUACUCAAAAUGCUCGCAUAUAUGGAGAUCUAGGUACUAUAGUAGCACAAAAAAAUGGUAGGGCUACUUUUAGAUUGGAAGAUAACGUUAUUAAAAUAUCUGAGAUAAUAGGAAGGUCCUUUGUCCUAACAGAUAAAACUGAGGAUAGUGGAAUUCAAAAAAAAUUAGCAGCUGGUAUUAUCGCUAGAUCAGCAGGUCUUUUUCAAAACCCUAAAACUAUAUGUGCUUGUGACGGUGUUACUAUUUGGGAUGAAACAUCAAAACCUAAAUCUACAUUAUAAUUAUUCUUGGGAAUACUGGGUAGAAUUAGUUAUUUAAGUAUAAAACAUGGAUGUAUAUAUUGUAUUGUGAAAAAAUACAACCUUAUUUAUUAUUUA